AUGGUGAAAAGUGUUGAGUAUUCUGCGAGCGAUCUUGAAAAAGUAGCCGAGGGCAAGACUAAAGAAAUCUACAGGAUCGUCAAACAUGAUGAGUACGUCCUGAUCAGAAGUAAGAACCGCAUCACUGCGUUCAAUGCACAACGUUCAAAUCAAAUCGAAGGCAAAGGAGCGAUUGCAAAUCAGACCACGUGCAACAUAUUCGAGUACCUGAACGAACUCGGUUUGAAGACCCACUUCGUGGAACGAGUAGAAGAGAGCGACUUCAUCGCUUUGAACUGUCAAAUGGUACCACUCGAAUGGGUUGCUAGGCGUGUCGCAACCGGCUCUUUUCUGAAAAGAAAUCCUGGCGUUAAGGAAGGCUAUCGAUUCUGUCCUCCAAAAUUGGAGAUCUUCUUCAAAGAUGACGAGAACGACGAUCCACAAUGGUCAGAAGAGCAGAUUCUCGAGAAUCAUUUCGAAUUCAACGGAUUGAAAAUUGGCAAAAGUGAAAUCGCCUCGAUGAAACGUCAAACGGAUUUGAUCUUUCGAACGCUUGAGAAGGCAUGGCAAAGUGAAGGGUGUGCACUAAUCGAUAUGAAAGUUGAAUUCGGUGUCACUAAAGACGGUAUACAAUUCCACCUUGAUCGCAAAUUUUACAUUCUGAUUGUGAGGCUGAAAAUGUUGUGA